UGUUCUAGGUAUGGUUAUGAUUGCUCUAGCUGAUGGAGGGGUUCUGCUCCGCGCCUUCAGUAUUUGAUGCGGGAGAAGAAUCGAAGCCUCUCUACUGGAAAGUUACAAAUCCCACUAUGUCUACUUCUCAUCUCCAAGACUUACUAGGCUUCACCUGCAGUGUUUACAAAAGAAACCAUGCUUUAAUAACACCUGAAAGUCAAGCAUUCAGUCCUUUACCUGAGUGGAAAAUCAAGAUCACGGCUUCCUCCUCAUGAUGUAGAGAGGUUCAUAUUCGUGGUUCAGGGUUCUGUGACUCUUACUAAUACAUCUAGUGCUGGUCACAAACUAACGGUGGAUUCAUAUGCUUAUCUCCCUCCCAAUUUCGAACAUUCUGUGAAGUGCGAUGUAUCUCCUACUCUUGUUGUCUUUGAAAAAAGAUACUGGAGAUACGGAGCGCGAUCCCAGUAGACCCUUGUCAGGGUGAGAGUCAGAUCUGCUAGUGUCCUGUGUCACCUCUCAGCUACAGUGCAUUGGAUAUGGACCCUACGUCACAGAGGGCAGUUGAUGAGGAAGUGGAGAGUUAUGUUCCACCUGUAGCAGCUGAGACUGGGGGUAGGGGAGAACCUGCUCCACCAGCUCCAGCAAAGCCUGCUCAGCCUCCACAGGCCAUGUUCCAGCAAAUGGCCGAGUUUUUCAGACAAAUGGCAGGGGUAAUGCCAUCACCACCACCUCCACAGCAGAAAUCCCAUCUGGAAAAACUGAGAAAAUUUGGAGCAGUGGAUUUUUUUGGCAAGAGAGAAGAUGAUUAUGUUGUAGCAGAGAACUGGUUGAAUAGAACAGGGAGAGUUUUAAAACAACUCCACUGCACUCCAGAGCAAAACUUAGAAGCUGCUGUAUCUCUACUGCAAGAUGAUGCUUAUCAAUGGUGGGAUACAGUGUCCAAUAAAGUGCAGCCAGAACAAAUAAUCUGGGACUUCUUCCUCUCAGAGUUCAAAAAGAAGUAUGUGGGUAGUGUAUAUCUGGAAGGGAGAAGAAGAGAAUUCAUUAAUCUGAGGCAGAGACAGCUGACAGUGGCAGAGUAUGAAAAGGAAUUUGUUAGACUAAGCCGUUAUGGAAGGGAAAUAGUCCCUAAUGAGGUCGAAAGGUGUAAAAGAUUUGAAGAGGGACUAAAUGAUAACAUAAAGAUAAUGAUCACUGCCUUGGGAAUCACAGACUUCACCAAGUUAGUCGAAGUUGCAAUAAAGGUUGAGAAAGUCAGAAUAGAUCGACUUAGACGGGAUAUGGACUCCACGUCACAGAGGGCAGUUGAGGAGGAAGUGGAGAGUCAUGUUCCACCUGUAGCAGCUGAGACUGGGGGUAGGGGAGAACCUGCUCCACCAGCUCCAACAGAGCCUGCUCAGCCUCCACAGGCCAUGUUCCAGCAAAUGGCCGAGUUUUUCAGACAAAUGGCAGGGGUAAUGCCACUACCACCACUUCCACAGCAGAAAUCCCAUCUGGAAAAACUGAGAAAAUUUGGAGCAGUGGAUUUUUUUGGCAAGAGAGAAGAUGAUUAUGUUGUAGCAGAGAACUGGUUGAAUAGAACAGGGAGAGUUUUAAAACAACUCCACUGCACUCCAGAGCAAAACUUAGAAGCUGCUGUAUCUCUACUGCAAGAUGAUGCCUAUCAAUGGUGGGAUACAGUGUCCAAUAAAGUGCAGCCAGAACAAAUAAUCUGGGACUUUUUCCUCUCCGAGUUCAAAAAGAAGUAUGUGGGUAGUGUAUAUUUGGAAGAGAGAAGAAGAGAAUUCAUUAAUCUGAGGCAGAGACAGCUGACAGUGGCAGAGUAUGAAAAUGAAUUUGUUAGAUUAAGCCGUUAUGGAAGGGAAAUAGUCCCUAAUGAGGCCGAAAGGUGUAAAAGAUUUGAAGAGGGACUAAAUGAUAACAUAAAGAUAAUGAUCACUGCCUUGGGAAUCACAGACUUCACCAAGUUAGUCGAAGUUGUAAUAAAGGUUGAGAAAGUCAGAAUAAGUAAGCAGACUAGAAGAGAGAGACAGCAAAAGAGGGGUCCAGGUCAGUCUAGCUCAUCUCUUGCACCUGAAAAAAAGUUCAAGGGUCCACCUGCUCAGAGUUCAGGUCAGCCUCAAGGUCAGGGUCAGUCCCAGGGGCCCAGGCCACAGUUUACACCUAGGAGAGGUCAGUCCACACCAUCAGUGGGCAGCUCUCCAGUGACUGUGUUCAGGGGAUUAGCUCCAGCAUCUUCUGCCUGUCCACACUGCCUGAAAUGGCAUAAGGGGGAGUGUUGGAGAGUGACGGGUGCCUGCUUAAGGUGUGGGUCGACAGAGCAUCAGUUAAGGAACUGUCCACGCAGAACUAUUACAGCUGCUCCAGCACAAACAGAUAGACUUGCCCCUGCAUCUCAAAGGGGUAGGAAGUCUGGUAAAUCUGAGAUAGUUGGUCCAUCACAGAGACCUGCAUCUGAGCCAGCCGAGAGGCCAGAGGCCAAAGCACCUGCUAGAGCUUAUGCCAUAAGAGCUCAGGAGGAGCAAGAUGCCCCGGACGUCAUCAGGGGUACUGGAGAUACGGAGCGCGAUCCCAGUAGACCACAGUCAGGUGAGAGUCAAAUCUACUAGUGUCAUGUGUCAUCUUUCAGCUACAGUGCAUUAGUUGGAUGCUAGACUACAUUUUGUAUUUUGUAUCCUUGUAAAUUUUGUAAUUAAACUUUUAUUUUGUCAUGUAUAUUGAAACUUAUGUGAGUAUGUAUUAAUGAAAUUAUCUAUAAAUGGUGUUCAUAAAUAAAAGUUGAGUAUUUAUUUAUAA